AUGGGAGAGGAAACAAAUGUUAUGGAGCAACUUGCUAUUAUGAUGGCAAAGAUCGAAAACAUGGGGAGUGAGUUGAAGAGUGAUUUGAGAUCCCUAACAGAAAGAGUGAAUGCUUUGGAAUCACAGCCUUCAUCUCCUAAAGCUCAAGAUAUUAAGAAAAAGGGGGUUCUUCAAGAUCAUUCAUCGGCUAUCAAAUUUUCAACAGAAGAGCUAUCCGAAGUUGAGAACUUUAGUAGGAGCAAGGGAGGAAAAGCACAACUUGGUGAGAUAAUGGAGAUUGCAAAGAGCAUUCAAGCAACGUUGAAGGAGCUAGAGAGGAAGAAAAAAGAAGAAGCCAUGUUAGCUAUGGAAACUUUCGCUGCUGUGCAUAAGGAAGCACCCGUGCAAACCAACCCAACAGUAGAGAAAGUUCAUGAGAAGAAUAUGGAGGAACCUCGAAAGGAUCAUGUGACGAUCACUCUGAAAUCAGACAUGUCGUUGAAGAUAGUUUACCACGAAGUACAGUUACGUAAUAGUUUGACCACAAGUGAAGAGACUCUGUGCUUAGCGAGUGUGAUUUGUAAGUAUGGUGAAGAUGGAUGCUCUGCUGUGACAACAAGACAGAACUGCCAGUUCCUUGGUGUUGUCUUGUGUGAUGUGCCUGAGAUGUUGAAAGUCUUGCAGAGAUUUAAGCUCAUACUGCUGGAUGAAAAAAUAACAUCCUGGUGGUUCACACUUCGCAUGUAUUUCACAUCUUCUUUGAUCAAGCAUUUGGAUCAUAAGAACGUGAUGAAGCAACAAGGGGUUCAAGUUAACAUGGUUAAUGUAGCUACAUGCCUUGCGCUGCAUGCUAAGCAGCAAGCUUCAGGAGCGAUGACUGCUGUAAUUGCCGACUUGAUUAAGCACUUGCGGAAAUGCCUGCAGAAUGCGGCUGAGUCAGAUCUGUCUGCUGAUGUAUCUAAGCAGAACUCUGACUUGCAGCAAGCUUUAGAUAAGUGCAUCUCUGAGCUCUCAAAUAAGGUUGGGGAUGUAGGGCCCAUUCUUGAUAUGGUAGCGGUGGUUCUUGAGAUGAUAUCAACUAAUGUACUCGUUGCUAGGACCACAGCAUCAGCCAUUCUCUUUGCUGCACAUAUAGUAUCCGUGGUCCCAAAUGUUUCUUACCACAAGAAAGUAUUUCCUGAUGCCUUGUUUCACCAACUUCUUCUUGCAAUGUCCCACACAGAUUAUGAAACUAGAGUUGAUGCACACAAUAUAUUCUCCGUCCUGCUUCUUCGAACUCUUCUUUUGCCUUGGUCAGACCAAUAUAAGGAAACCUCAAAUGCUGUGAGGAGCCAGAGUAUCAGUUUACAGGAGGAAGAGAGAGAUAAAGUUGAGGAAAUCUUAGACAAUGAUCUGCGUAAAGAUGUAAACCACAUUUCUCAUCCAAGUGGUCUUAGUUGUCAGUCCUUGGAUAGCCUAAAGGAUGGUGCUAUAAAGUCGUUAUGUUCACUUCGACUGAGUAGUCACCAAGUAAAUAUGCUACUUACAUCACUAUGGAUCCAAGCAACUUCUACGGAGAACACCCCUGCAAAUUUUGAGGCAAUGACUAUCACUUUUAAUACAACUCUUUUGUUUUCGCUAGCAAAGAAAUCAAAUCACAUGGCUCUGGUGCAGUGUUUUCAGCUUGCGUUCUCUCUUCGGAAUCUCUCAUUGAAUCAAGAUGGAGGUUGGCAGCUCUCUCGUAGAAGAUCAAUCUUCACGUUUGCAUCGUAUUUACUCAUUUUCAGUGCCAAGAUUUCUAAUAUACCGGAGCUAAUUCCAGUUGUCAAAGAGUCUUUAACUAUCCAAAUGGUUUAGCUUUUUGCUAAAAUAUUACAUCUGUUGGAUGGUCAGCUGUCAUCUAAUCUGUAUGUACUGAAUAGGUUGAUCCUUAUCUUGUACUGGAAGGAGAUAUCAGACUGCGUGCUGGUUGUU